AUCGUGUGUAACUAUGGAGUCCAAUGAGUACAAAAGAAAGUUUAAAGCGUUGUUUGAUAAGCUUUUGAAUAACAAGUUCGAACUAAGUGCUAAACAUUCUGAGGACUUGCUUAAAUACCUGGAUGGCAGCCAAGACAAAUGCGUUGCGAAGAUUUUAGAAACCCCGUUCUUCGCAAAUUUGCUUGUUUAUGCAAUAAAAAAUAGAGAGUUGGCAUCCACAUCGGUGAAGAUAUUUUUCUCGGAGCUCGUGAGCAUCGUACUAAGCAACGAGGUGCUCUUCAACCGAUUCGUGCAGAUGCAGGGAUUUGAGUUGCUCGUGGACCGCAGCCAUGCAGAGCGUGCAUCUGCUGACACCCCCACCGAUCUGAGGGUGGCUAAAGCCCAGCAGUCAAUGGCAUUGGUCGCUCAUUACUCCGGGGUCAAGUACGUCGUUGAAAAUAAAAUCUACCAGCGUGUCUUGACCUCUCUCACACAAUACAGACCGCCACCUGAAGCGGCAGUAGUCUUGUAUGAAUUUAUCACGAAAUUAAUAUGGAAAUUGAGCGAAUAUGAAGAAGAAGAGGCAUUAUUAGAAGUCCUAAAAUACAUUGUAAAACCUCUGUUGGAAUGCUCUUUGUCUAGUCCGAUAAUAGAAGCGGAAAGCUUCAUGGUUUUAUCCGAGUUUCUAUUACCGUCCCUGCAGGCGUUAGUGCACAUAUUAGGAGAAGUGGAGUAUUUGGCGGUGCCUAAUAAUGUAGUGUCGAUGCUGGCAGAAGUGUUUUCCAUAGAGAGUAAACUGACCACAGCCCUGGAGAAUUCGCGGGAGCCCGAGUUAGCGCGCCUGCUGGCCGAGGCUACACUGCGCUACUACUACGCCGAGAGCCGUCAGGUCGCGUCGCUCCAGCCCGACUCCGAGACCCGAGUAAACCAAGAACUCCACGAAGCCAUCAACAAAAUAAUGUGCACAUUGAUCAAGAAGGGGUCUUUCGCGACCGUCCUCGAGUUCCUCUGCCAGUGCCACACCUUCUGGCACAAAGUGGAACUGGUCGUGGCGCAGGUAGCGUUCGAAAAAUUUGGCAAGAAGUUCAUUUUACAAAAUCAUUUCCUACUUCUAAUGUUAAUGCCUUUAUAUCUGAGGCAAAAGUAUGGCAAAAGGUUAGUCCGCGACCUUAAGAUGGAGGAUGCAACCGAAAUAUUCCACAGCGACGUGGCUAGGACAAUUCCGUACGACAUGGUGAGCACGGGUUAUGAUUUCAGGGAUUUAAUAACAGAAUCGACUGGUAACAAUUUAACUUUGGCGUGCACCCACUCGUUACGGGAGCUCCUCCGGUUGAAAAGGCUGCUGAGCCAGCAGCAGGCGUGCGUGGUGUUUCAGACGCUGUUUUAUACGCUGAGCGAGUUCGUGCUGUCGGACGGUUCGGACCUGGUGCUGCUGGGCAACCCGCUGCGCACGCCCGACGACGUCCGCUUCCUCGCGCUCAUCCUUGACGCCAUCGCUAUGCUUCUAGACGAGCAUGAGAUCAACUGGCACGAGAGCCUGGAGAUCGUGGAGCUGCAAGCGGCGCUCAUGAAUCUGAUAAAGCAGAACAUCUUGCCGGUCGAACUGCUGGUGCAAGCGCUGGAGCUGGUGACGACGUGCGUGUGCAAGCUGCUCUCGCCCGAGCUCGCGCUGCUGAUGGGGCCGCAGCGCGGCGGCUCGCUGAGCGAAGCGGCGAGCGCGGCGCGGCAAGUGCUGCAGCGGCCUGAAAGCGAAGCUCGACUCGCCGCGUUACAGCUCAUUCUGAGCUUUUUGGAGGUGGCUUAUGUCAAGUUCAUGCCGCUGCGAGCCGUGAUAUCUGCGCACGGGCUCCUGUGCGGGGCUGCGCACUGCGCGGUCUACGACCCCGACCCGCGCGCUCAGGCCGCGGCGCUUCGCUGCCUCGUAGCCGCCGCGAGCUGCGAGGACCUGUGGACCGAGAUGCUCGACCACUGCCAGAAUCUAUAUGAGCAACUGGUGAGCAUCAUGCAAUAUAACUCCGAAGGGGAAGUGCGUAAAGAGGCAGCUAAUGUACUGACGCACAUCUACAUCAACCGUAAGGUUAACCAGGCCUUCACAACCCGCGUCUCCAAGGCCAUGGUCACAGCGGCCACAGACGACCCGCACUGGCCUGUUCAAAUAGCGGCCCUGAAUUUCUGGACGCAAAUGAUGAAGAAACAGUUCACAGACAGAGGAAUGAUCGACGGCAGAUUCCCCUCCGUCACCUUUUGCAAGGAAAAGAGGAAGAUCAUAGUUUUGAACGACAAAGAAAUACAUAAACAACUAGAAAUCAGCUUGGACAAUCUGUCAAAAACAGGCUGCUUGGCUGUAAUGGUUAAAUGUUUGAAUUCAAGCAAUAGUGAAGUGAUGGAGAAAGCUUAUAAAAUCACUAAGAGACUAGUAGAAGCUUUAGAUCAUUAUAAAUUUUGUAGUGUUCCAAGCGUUGUGAAUAGUGCUAUUAGUCAUACUCCUCCGACUGAUAACGACGAAGUUCAAGCCAAAAAGGCAAGGAGUACCAACAAUACAGAGGAGGUUAGUGAUCUCAUUUCGGAAAUUUUUGAGUGUUUAAGUACAGGUAGUUCUACAAGCGAUACGAGCCCCAUAGAGAUUAUUGAGCCGAGUGAUUUUAUAGAUAAAGUAAGAGACGCGGCGAAAAGGCGGCCGUCGAAGGUUGACAUAGGAACGUUGAUAGAUGAAUUGGUGGCGUUAUGA